AUGGCAGGAUUAUUUGAUGGUUGUCUCCCAAUAUCUUAUUAUUAUGAAAAAUUAAAUUUGGAUAAAUUUGAAAUAAAAGAAAAUCGUAAUGCAAUUGCAUCAGUAAUUGCUGGAUCGUUGUUUGCUAUUGGCUGGUGGCUAAUCAUUGAUGUUGCUGUACGUUAUCCAUCAAAUAAUGAAUUUCAUAAGGCUCUGCUUACAAUUGGAAUAGUUGCGUCACUUGCUUUAAUUUUCGUUAAUUCAAUAUCAAAUUCACGUUUUCGAGGAGACGCUUAUCGUGAUGGUUGCGUUGGUUUAGUGUUAGCACGCAUAAUACUUUUUAUUUCAUUUUUAUUUAUUUUCGGAAGUGUUAUUGCUGGCGCUUGGAUUAUGAUUGCUUUAUAUUUAAUACCAAAUGCAGAACAUAUAUAUCCAGGUGUCGCGAUCUUUCUUCAAAGUUUACUUAUUUUUACUAGCACACUUAUACUCAAAUUCGGACGAACGGAAGAUGAUUAA